AUGUCCUCAGAAGACGAGGCAGUGCCCCGACUACAGCUUCCACUAGACGAAGAGACGGGCGGGGAAUCUGAAGACAAUCUGUCUGUGGUGGCCGGUACCACACUAACAGUAGGCACCAGCGCCACCACUGGGAGCUCCGACGGCCGUCAGGAUGACGACCACGGCUCCACGGAAGUGGUUAUUCAGGACGCGCCGCAGGAAGACAAGCAGCAGCUGGAGAACGGCGAGAAAGCUGCCGAGGGUAGCAAACCGCACCACCCGGUUGUCAUCGUGAGGUCGCCCCAGUCGCGCAAGACCUCCAGCGUCAAGAGGGUCGUCGCUUUCAUCGCACCCAAAGAGGAGCUGGUGGCGACCGGGCCCAACCAGCGCAACUGGCGCGGCAUCCUGAUCGCGCUGCUCGUGAUCGUGGCCGUGCUCGGCCUGAUCGUGUUCUCGAUCGUGCUGCUGUCGCCGCCCGACGAAGGGCCCAGGGUGAAGGGCACGAAGUUCACGCUGGACGACGUGCUGAGUCCGCGCUUCCGGCCGCCCCCCUUCAACGGCACCUGGGUCUCCGAGACCGAGCUGGUGUUUCGCGACCAGUUUGGCGGCGUCUCUCUCCUCAACGCCGAGAACCUCACCACUAGGGUCAUCAUGACCAACUCCACCUUUAGACAACUGAAUGCGGCGGACUUCCUCAUUUCGAGCGACCUUAAGUACGUCCUGCUCGUGUAUAACAAGAAAAAGGUGUGGCGCUACUCCUACCAGGCGAGCUACCACGUCUACGAGGUAGAAACACAGAACAAGUACUCGGUGUCGCCGGUGGAGCUGGACCGGCAGGCGCCGCGCCUGCAGCACGCCGUGUGGUCCCCUCGCGGCUCCAGCCUGGCCUUCGUGCACGACAACGACGUCUACUACAGCGCAGACCCGCGCCGCAGGGCGCCCGUGCGCGUCUCCAGCACCGGCGUGCCCAACACCGUCUUCAACGGCGUCGCCGACUGGCUCUACGAAGAGGAGAUCCUGAAGAGCAGCGGCGCGAUGUGGUUCAGCCCGGAUGGCCGCUACCUGCUGUACGCCACGUUCAACGACACGCGAGUGGGAGAGCUGCGCUACCCCUGGUACGGCACCGCCCAGAAGGACCGACCCCAGUACCCACAGCUGCGCACUCUGCGGUACCCCAAGGUGGGCACGCCUAACCCCGUGGUGACGCUGUGGGUGGCGGACGUGAGUAACCCCAAGCAGGUAAUCGUCACCGACCUGAAGCCGCCGCUCGAGGUCAAGUCUUCACAAGCUCAGUGGGACCAGUACUUCACGUCGGUGAGGUGGCUAUCGAAUGAUGAGGUGUCCGUGGUGUGGUUGAACCGCCGGCAGAAUGUCUCAGUCAUAUCCAUUUGCCGCGCCAAGGUGUGGAAUUGUGAGCAGACGCACCUCGAGCAGUCCAGCACUUGGCUGGAGCCUGGCGAGGCGCCCCUAUUCUCCCCAGAUGGUGCGACGUACGUGACGGUGCUGCCGGUGCAGGAGGCGGACCUGGGCAGCUACCCACACGUGGUCCAGGUGGAAACGGAUACGCAGCGCGCGACCACGCUCACACAGGGCGCCUUCGAGGUCACCAGUAUCGCCGCCUGGGACCACGAGAACCACCUUGUAUAUUUUGUGGCAGCUCCCGAAGGUGUCCCUGGGGAGAGGCACCUCUACAGGGUGGGCGACACCAACAGCACACUCAAGUCAUGGGAGUGCCUCACCUGCCCACCCCCAGAGGUACCCCCUGGACAUCCUGACACAGUCAAGCCCUGGUACCAUGAGUUGAAUCCCUGCAAUUCUGCAAAAUCAUCAGGAAGACAGAAUAAGACACCACCAAUGAGGAAGCACAAGCAGAAGUGCAAUGAAACUAGUGACUUGGACUGGGUGUGCCUGUUUGUGCAACCUCACUUCAGUCCAGGCCUGUCACCUAGAUACUAUGUCCUGGAAUGCCUAGGGCCCGAUCCACCAUUUCAUGUCUUGGUCGAUGCAUUGUCAAACACCAGAAUUGCUAUGUUGGAUUCCCUAAAUUCUUUAAGAGACAGACUGGCAAAAAUGGCUAUGCCUCAAGUGAAAACAUUCAAAGUCCAAGUUGCUGAUGGUUUCCAUGCUCAUGUAAGGUUUCACUUGCCUCCGGGACUGCGAGAAUAUGAAGACAUGAUAUUUCCAUUGGUACUGCAUGUAUGUGGUGCUCCUGGAUCACAAUUAGUGUCUUCAAAAUGGGGUGUUGACUGGCCAACAUACUUGGCUGGCAAUAGGAAUUUCAUUGUUGCUCAAGUUGAUGGCAGAGGGUCUGGUUUCCAAGGAAAUCGGAUGAGGCAACAGCUGUAUAGACAGCUUGGAUCUGUUGAAAUUGAAGAUCAAAUUGCUGUGAUUAAGUACCUAAAAGACAAUCUUAAGUUUAUUGAUAAAGAACGGGUUGGUGUUUGGGGAUGGAGUUAUGGUGGAUUUGCUGCAGCUAUGAUUCUUACUGAAGAUGAGAAGGUGUUCAGAUGUGGCAUAUCAGUUGCUCCUGUUACAAGUUGGGCUCAUUACGAUUCUGCAUACUCAGAGCGAUACAUGGGCUUGCCAGAGGGAGAGGACAACUACCUAGGAUAUGAAAAAGCAGAUGUAACAAAAAGAGCAGGAAAUCUUCAAGACAAAAUGUUCUUGUUAAUUCAUGGUACAGCGGAUCACACUGUGCAUUACCAACAGAGUAUGUUGCUUGUACGAGCACUAACAAAAGAAGGAGUGCUCUUCAGGCAUCAGACAUAUCCCGAUGAAGGAAACACAUUCUCUGGAGUCAAAAACCACUUGUACCGAGUAAUGGAGUCAUUCUUUAAUGACUGCUUUGGACCACUGGAUUUUGAAGAAUGGGAGUUUGGAACAAAUCUUUUCUCUUUCAAACAAUAGCAGAACAGUGAGGCUGCAAUUGUGCAGUUUCUGUGAAGUUUGUCUCUAUUUUCUGCUGAGAAGAUGAUCAUGGUGCUGUACUUGAGCACCUCUGUUUUUGCAUCACAGCCAUGGAAUACAGUAGCUGAAUGCUGCAAUCACUAAGGCACACUAAAAGAAUUGUGCCAGAUACAAGUGCAACGUAUGCAGUUGUUUACCAGUGUGUAACUUUCCUCCUAUGGCAGUAUUUUUAUUUUAUUCUCUUAUUACAGUUUCCCUUUCCUUGUCAGGCAGUAGAAUAUUAACAAGAAGUGGUCAUUUGUUAGAUCAAGCCUUUCUUAAUAAGAUAUUGCAUAAAACUGCUUAUUUAUGAAUAAAUUUCUGUUGUGAAAUAUACUCAAUAAAGAUGGCCAAAAAAUCUUGAGACCAACAGUAAGAAAAUUAACUUUUUGUCUUUCUAUAUUGAUAUAAUGCUGCAGUAUUUUCUAUUCCAUUUAACAUUGUAAUGCACAAAUUAGAUUGUGAGUUCUGACUCAGUGUUUGUGCAUAAUCUGCUAGUAACUUUGGCCUUGGGUAUAUAUAUGUAUUACUGUACUUCAUUACACUAUGUGUUACAGUUUCCUGUAAACAAAACAUGAACAAAGUAAUAUUGCUCUCACAGCAGAUGAAAGUCAUGUAUCACACUAAAAUGGUUCAGAGACAAUCAAAUUUAGAAGAACAAAUAUUUGAUCAUAUUGUAUGAACAGGUAGUAUUUACAUUUCAGUCCAUAUUUUCCUCUGCUUUCUCACUGAAAUGCCCUACAUUUCACUAAAACUCACACACAGCAUUACACUGUAAAUAAAAAUUCAUUCUAUUAUUAUAAAUCCUCUUAUGGCCUACUUCUUGUUGAUAUGAAUGAUUCCUCUCUGUGACUAGCCUUGGUAUAAGAAUAUAGU